GGUUUCUGCAGCAGCUACUGCCCUGCCUAACCCCUCCCACACUCCAUCAUGUUGGUUGGUACCCCUCACCUGCUGACACUGGAUGAAGCUGAUGCUACCUGGACCCUCAUCAAAGAUAAGGUUACAGAGGAGCGCUUUGGGCCCAAUGUAGUGGCAGUACCUUUCCUGUCGGAUGCAGCCUGCUUUGACCUACUGGGUGUGCUAGUGAAACAGUCCCGCCCAGCCCACACCCGCCUGGCUCUGCCAGGUCGGCAGGGCCGGCGGGCACUACAACCAGUGGGGCCACUACCGAACCUCCUGGAGCAGGCAGGCUCUGAAGGUGCCUUUGCCCACUGCACUAGAGAAUACUCACCAAAUGGCCGGGCAGAGACAGCCUAUGAGGAAAUGCGACUGUUGGAUGGGCAGCCCUGCCGGAUCCGCUUACAUAUGGGUGGCCUGCGCAAGAAGGUGGCCUUCCUGCUGCUGCCACCAGGGCAGGUGAGCUUACAGCAGACUCUUCCCUGGCUCCGAAGCACCCACAGCAUCUACGUCAUAUACCAGGUCUUCUCCUGUUCCUGGCUACAGCUGGGGCUGCUGCCUACAGCCCGGGAGCCCCAACUGCUCUGGUUACAGCGGUCACUGCCUAUUGCCUUCUCCUGCCUCAAGUUUUCACUGCAGCCCAAGGGAGUGCUGGGACCACAGAAGCCCCUGAUCAAAGACCCACUGCCCCAUGGGGCCAGUUGGGUCAGACCCGACCUCAGCAUCAUGCCACCUCCAGCCCCCACGUCAGCCCCUGCUAAUGUCCCCGAAGCUGCUGAUGUGCCCUCAUCUGGCCCAGCCCCACCUUCACCACCUCCCCAGGAAGGACCAGAGGGCAGACCACCCAGAUUCUCCUACAAGGGCCGAAACCCCUUCCGAAGGGGGCCCCAGAUGCUGUCAGAGAACUGGCUCUUCAGCCCCCGAAGCCCCGCACCAGGAACCCAGGGUGGGGGCCCUGGGGACCCCGAGCGGCACUCCAUGUCCCUGCCCCUGCUGCAGGGUCUGUCCUCGGAGUUUGACAGCGACGACGAAUGAAGCUGAGGCGAGAGAUGCAGGGGGCCAGGCCCCCAAGAUCUGACAUAGGGAUACUGGUCCCCAAUAAACAUCAGCUGCUGCUCCCCCAAA